AUGACUGAGGGCGCCCCAGCACACGGAUCCGUGGCGCAUCUGCUUCCGCAGACGUACAAGCGUCAGGUCGCUGAGUGGCUUGAAGAGGACACUCCAAGCUUCGACUACGGCGGCUUCGUUGUAGGCGAAGAAAUAUCAGAAGCCAAGCUCUUGGGAAAGAGCGAGCCGAUCAAACACUGUGCAACGGUGCGUGGCCCAGUACGAAAGUUGCUCCUUGGCGAACGAGUGGCCCUCAACACAUUGGCACGAUGCUCAGGCAUAGCGACCAAAUCAAAUCGCCUCUUACGAAUGCUCCGCGAAGCUGGAUACCCCAAUAUACUUGCCGGCACUCGAAAGACAACGCCGGGCUUCAGGCUUGUCGAGAAGUACGGAAUGCUUGUUGGUGGUGUUGAUGCCCAUCGUGUCGACCUCUCCGCCAUGACUAUGCUCAAAGAUAACCACAUUGUUGCUGCAGGAAGUAUUACCAACGCCGUACGAGCUGCCAAGUCUGCCGGUGGCUUCGCUAUCAAGGUGGAGGUAGAGUGCCAAAGCUUUGAGGAAGCAGACGAAGCCAUUGCAGCUGGCGCAGAUAUUGUCAUGCUGGACAACUUCACAUCAGACGGGGUCAAGAUUGCAGCUGCUCAACUUAAAGAAAAAUGGGGGAGAGGCACGGGUGAUCGAAAGGCAUUCUUGGUCGAGGUCAGCGGAGGACUGACCGAGGAAAAUGUUGCGCCGUACGUCUGCGCAGAUGUGGACAUUGUGAGCACGAGCAGCAUUCAUCAAGGCGUCAAGCAUGUCGACUUCUCGUUGAAGAUCGUACCCAAAGGCAAAGAUACACAGAAGACCAGCGGAGAGAGCCUAGAGGUCUUACCAUCGUCCCAAUUGGCUUUCCAGAUCAGUACGGAACGACUGCUGGAUGUGUAUUACGAGAAUUACUGGGCAGCGUACCCUAUCCCAUUACCCAAGCAUCAUCUGAAUCAGCGGAGGCUGGAAAGCAAUCACGGCAUGGACAAGCUAUUGUUGGUUUUACAAUACAUUGGAUCUAUCUUCGCUCCAUGGACUCAUCCUGAACCUCACUAUGAGGCCGCUGAAAAAGCGCUUGGGUCGACAGAUCUCCCCCGGACGCCCUGGAAUGUACUAGCAUUGAUGAUAUUUGCCACUGCGCAACUUCAUACCAAUCGGACACGCGAAUCUCGCCGCUCUCUUGACACGGCCACUUGCAUAGCGAUGGAGCUAUGCAUGAACACGAAAGAAUUCGCCGUAGCGUAUGGCGAAGGAAGCCCAGUCCUAGAGGAAUCUUGGAGGAGGACGUAUCACUUCUUAGCGCUAACGGACCAGCACUUCUCUAUCAUUGUCAAUAACCCGAUGUGCGCAUUGAUGAACGUACCAAAUCUGGCUGAUCUACCUUGCGAUGAUGAGUUCUAUGAAUCAGGUAACAUUCCGCCUCCGAAAACGUGGCAACAAUACGACAUGAGGGAAUUCGAUGAUGUUGAGGUUGUGUACUCAUCACUGGCUUACCUAGCCGACAUUUCCAGGAUCACCCGCUAUAUCAUGAAGUCUUUCAUGGAGACCGGAGUGUUCAACGCGGCCUUCGUAGCAACAGUCGACGCGAAGAUUGCUAUCUGGCACUCUCUUCUCCCAGCUUCAAAACGAGACCCGAUGCGACAAGAUGGGACUGUGGAUGAAGUUAUGUUCCUGGCCCAUCUGAUGGCUUCAAUUCUAACGAUGGCAUCGCAUCGGCCCUUCUCUUCCCUCGAGUACAGCUUUGAGGAACUCACUACAUCGAGCUUCUCUCCUUCUGUUCCAUUCAUGGAUGCGCCAAAGCAGGUUCGUCCGGUCCAUACAGCGAGGACUCUCAAAGCAUGCGAUAUGCAAACAAAGCUGCUCGCGAUACCCUGUGCUUCCGAAAGGCAUAACAUCAUGACUGGAUGUAUUGUGGCCUCGAUAGCCACUGCACAGAUAGCUGCAUGCAAGCUCCUGGAUGACCAUGCUCUCUCCAUAGCUCGUGAUCGUGUGCGAUUGAGCAUCGGCUAUCUAAACGCUAUGGGCCAGUUCUGGACAACAUCCGCGACAAUGGCGAAAGAAGUUCGCUUCGUGGCUCGGAGUGCGCUCACCGGAUUGCCUAACCCGAUAGCAAGUCACCCGGAGCCCGCUGUAGAGAUUGAGAUACCCCGGUAUGAGUUGGGCUGGCCACUCGAUCCCUCAGUGCAGAUUGACAUAUACGCCGGCAUGACCAUUCCGAUGGAUUUGGACGCGCAGACGACGGGCUACACAUCUUCAUCGACUUCGAGUUUAUGA